AUGAAGAGAGCAUUAGUCAAACAUGAAGAAAACAAAAUCAAUACCCAAAACUGGAUAACUAAUUCUAAUGAUCAAAGAAAUGAUCAAACACAAAGAAAACAAAAUCAACACCCAAAAUCAGAAGCCUGA